UUUAAGAAACUGCGAAGCUCCUACAAGAACCACCAACAGGCUGGCCAGCAAAGUGGACAGCAGACUGGCCAGAACCAGAACCAGAACCAGCAACAGACCUACAACCCCUCGGGCUAUGUAAGUUGAUCAACUGUUGAUGCCCUUUUACCAACCCCGGUCUUUACUGAUGUAUAUGUUUCCAAACCAGGGAUCCCAAACCCAAGGUUCCUCGCAACAGCAACCGCCAUACCAAACUCCGCAGUACCAGGGAAAGCCCCAGAAGGCGGAUAAGGUUUCCGGGAUCCUAGGAAAACUCCAAGGUGUCGUGGCAGAAUACGGCAACGAUGUCGCUCAUAAGUUGGGAACUGCCCUCGAUCCCCAAGCUUAUGCGGAAUAUGGACAGAAACCACAGACGGAGCAUCGAUUUGGAAGCUUUGCUCCUUCGCGAGAGGGCAAUGAUGUGAAGUGGUAUGUUGAUGGUUGUAGUUACUUCUACGCCGUCUCCAAGGCUUUGGAAAGUGCGAAAGAUACCAUCUGGAUUUUGGAUUGGUGGCUUUCCCCAGAGCUGUACCUGAGAAGACCCCCUGCGAAGAACGAGCAAUACCGUCUCGACCGAAUGCUGUUGGCUGCCGCUCAGCGUGGAGUUAGAGUCAACAUCAUUGUUUACAAAGAGGUCGAGCAAGCAUUGACUUUGUCCUCCUCUCACACAAAGAAGGCUUUGGAAGACCUCCAUCCAAAUAUCGCGGUGUUCCGUCACCCUGAUCAUCUUCCCACUGGUCAUGAUGUGGCUGAAACAAUCGAAUCAUCUUUCAAGAACCUGACUUUGAAUGCGGCAGGUCUCUCCAAGUUGCCCGGGGAUGCCCUCAAAUCUCUGUAUGGUAUAAACGACGAUGUAAUCCUCUACUGGGCACACCACGAGAAGCUGUGCUUGAUUGAUGGUAAAACUGCAUUCAUGGGAGGCUUGGACCUGUGCUUCGGACGCUGGGAUACCAACCAACACGCAAUUUCAGACGCCCACCCAGCGAAGUUGGAUGAGAUUGUAUUCCCGGGCCAGGAUUACAACAACGCUCGGGUUCUCGAUUUCCAAGAUGUCGCUCAGUGGGAAAAGAACCAGUUGAGCCGAAAGGAAACUUCCCGUAUGGGAUGGUCUGAUAUAUCGAUGAGCUUGCAUGGUCAGGUAGUUGAAGAUCUGCGACGUCACUUUGUCGAGCGUUGGAACUUCAUCUACGAUUCCAAAUACCAAGCUCGCAACAUUGAAAAAUACUCCAGACUGGCCCUGUACGGACGGCCAAACUCGGCAAUUAGUCAAGGUUCCACCUCUUCGCAGCCUACGCCAUAUCAGAAGCCUGCUUCUGUAACACAACAACAGCAAGAGCAGCCGCAACAGCAACAACCACAAUGGCAAGCACAACAGCCGCAGGCACAGGCACAGCAGAAGCAGCAAGAACAACCAUCAUGGCAGCAACAGGCGCAACCGCAACAGGCGCAACCGCAACAGGCGCAGCAGCAGCCUAACGAAUUUCACAAUAAGCCUGGUGCCGUUUCGGCUUAUCCUCCGGCUCCAUCUACUGAUAGCCAGGGCCCACCAAGCUACGAAGAAUCUCAACCCCACGUUGCCAGCCAGCCACCACAGGGUGCUCCGCACUACACUUACACCGGUGAUUCGUUCCCACCACCGCCUCCUGGACCGCCACCAAGCCAAUCGCCUGUUCAGAACCAGAAUCAAGCUCAGGGCCACGCACAGAAUCAAGCGCCUUACUUCCCUCCCCCACCAACCCAGUCACCUACUCAAAACCAGACCCAGGGUCAGAAUCAAGCACCUUACUACCCUCCACCGCCAGGCCAAGAAGCGCAUCACAGCCAGACCCGGGGUGUUGGUGAACACCACGAGGGCACACGUGGAUUUGGUGACCUCGAGAGAGGAUUGGGUGGUCGUUUCAAGGAGUUUUCCCAGUAUGGAACCAGCCUUCGUGGCCAACUGGCGGGCCAAAUCCAUCAGUACCAGGACCGCUUGACUUCAUAUGGACAGCCCAACCCUCAGCCACGAGGCACCAUGGCUUGUCAGAUUGUGCGAAGCUGUGCCAAAUGGAGUCACGGUAGCGACACUGAGCAUUCUAUUCAGGACGCAUAUGCAGCGAUUAUCCGGAACAGUGAGCACUUCAUUUACAUUGAGAACCAGUUCUUCAUAACGGCAACUAGCGACGCCCAGAAACCGGUAAUGAACAAGAUCGGUUCUGCCAUUGUUGAGCGGAUUCUGCGCGCCGCUAAAGCGGGCCAGAAGUACAAGAUGGUUAUUGUGAUUCCAUCCGUUCCCUGCUUUGCGGGUGAUCUGAGUGACGAAUCGACACUGGGCACCCGCGCCAUCAUGGAAUUCCAAUACAAUUCCAUCAACCGUGGAGGUAACAGUAUCAUGGAGCUCAUUGCGAAGGAAGGCUACAACCCCAUGGAAUACAUCCGGUUUUACAACCUUCGCAACUACGAUCGCAUCAAUUUCAGCAGUACAAUGACUGAGGCUGAGCAGAGAAGCGGUGUUAAUUACGAAGAUGCGCGAAGGCAGCAGGACGUGAAUACCUCUGGACCAGGUGGCUAUGGUCCUGGUGCUCCUCGAACUGCCUUUGACACAUCAGCACCGUUCCAGAAAUACCAGCAAGCUGCCAACCAAGUUUCUGGUUCCGGGCCAUUGGCUUCGGGCAGAUGGGAUAGUGUUAGUGAAUGCUAUAUGCUCAACGGUGAGGAUAUUCGCAACGUGCCGUGGGAGGGUCCUCCUGAGGCCGAGAUCGAUGCGUUCGUGACUGAAGAGCUCUAUGUUCACUCCAAGGUCAUGGUCGCCGAUGACCGCAUCGUCAUCUGUGGAUCAGCCAAUUUGAACGACCGAUCCCAGCUUGGAGACCACGAUUCGGAGAUUGCGGUUAUUGUUGAGGACCACUCACCUAUCCAAUCGAAAAUGAACGGCAAGCCUUGGGUGGCAAGUCGCUUCGCGUCCUCUCUGCGUCGACAGCUGUUCCGCAAGCACCUCGGUCUCCUACCACCCCAGGACUACCGGCAACCAGACGCCAACUUCGAGCCUGUCGGUGUGCCCAACAAGGUUGAUUUCGACUCACCUGAAAGCCAGAUUGUCGCCGAUCCGCUUGCCGACACCCUCUACAGCCUGUGGAACACACGGGCGAGAACAAACACAGAAGUAUUCCGUAAGGUGUUCCACUCUGUGCCGGACGACACGAUCCGCAACUGGGCCACGUACAAGGAAUUUUAUGGAUAUUACUUCAACAAUGCGGACGACCAAGCGCAUGGUAAGGGAUGUUUUGAGAGGCAAUCCAGGUACAAGUAUGGCCAUGUCGUGCGAGAUGACUUCCCUCAGGGUCCAGAGGGAGUAAAGCAGGUGAAGGAGCUGCUCAGCCAAGUCAAGGGAACUUUGGUGGAAAUGCCUUUGAUGUUCUUGAUCGAGGAGGAUGUUGCGAAGGAGGGAUUGGCUCUGAAUGACUUGACAGAGCCAAUCUACACUUGAGCCAGCGAUUUUGGAUCUAUAUUUUGGAUACUCCAUAUUUAGUAUUGUUGUCUAUAUUUCAUUUACUAC